UGUUGUGACGACGAACAAAAGCGUGCGUAGUUGGCAACUCGCCGCCAGAGGUCGAUUUUGUUCGCUCCGCCGGCGGCCCGCUCCAGACUCCAGGCAACUCCGGACUCCAGGCUGAUCUGUCAGCGUUAUAAGGAACUUGACGACGUUCGCGCGAAGCACGCGUAUCAAAAUGGUUUUAAGUCCGACCGCGAAACAGAGAGUGGCCAUCGUCCUGAACGUGAGCAAAUUCGUGUUCCAAUGGGGCUUCAUUCCUUCCAUCAUCUUUUUAGGAUUCAGGAAGGGUGCAGACCCAGGCAUGCCCGAGCUAACCCUCAUGAACUUAUUGUGGCAGUAAACCCCGUCUCGGUCCUCUCUACCGGCGAACGCACGUCCCGAGAGAAGUCAUGGGUACAUUGAUGUUACGUGGAUAGGUUUAUUUGAGGUUAUGACGCAAUGUUUCCAGUUACCGGAGCGGCAGGCUCUGUACCUUGCUAAAUAAAUGUUGCAUUGUUUUUUAUUAAAA